GGAGAGAGAAUCAUACCCGCCUCUUCACCAGAGCCCGUACUCAUCAAGGAUAUCCGAGGAACCAGUCGAACGCGCCGCUAGCCCCAUGCCGAUGACUCCUUGUGCGCCAAGUACCUAUGCGGGUACUAUCCGCAGCCGUGCGCCAAGCAUAUAUGAGGAAGUACCUGAAGCAGAUCAAUGGCACAACCGGCCCCCGAGUCGAGUACGACCCCCCAGUCCUACAGGUUCUGUUCAUAUUGGGUGUGGGAGCCAACAUAGUGAGCCCGCUGAUGAGCCCCCCAUCGAGAUGGGUACGCAUCGAGGUCGCCCGGCCAGCGUUCGAUCUGUUCCUCCCGAAUAUCCAAUGUUUGCACCUGAGCAUGUGGAAACACCCGAAGCGUCGACGCACGAGGUUGAGCACCAACAAACGUUCCACGUCCCCGAUGUCUUCCUGGAUCCAUUGGCUGAUCUAGUCCUGGAAUCGUCUGACAACGUUUCCUUUCGGGUGCACGGAGCUAUUCUCAGAUGGGGCUCGACGUACUUCAAGCAGUACUUGACUGAACAUCCAACCACUUCGCCCAUCCCCUGGCACGAAACGGCGGCUACGAUCCUUGCUGUUCUCUAUCGUCUCUACCCUGUUGUUAAUCCCGCGAUAGAUAAUAUCGAGGACUUGAUUCACCUGGCACUAGCCGCGCACAAGUGCGGCAUGGACUCGGUGGUUGCAGAGGUACGAGGCCUGUUGCUCGAACCCCGCUUUCUGCAUUCUCGCCCGCUUGCGGUCUAUAGGGUUGCGUGUCAGCUCAGUCUCGACGAUAUCAAACGCAGCGCUGCACGCUAUCUGGUUGAGCAGUACGACCCUUUUGACCUGGCUUUGCGCCUGGACAUGACCCCGGAACUCUCCGCACCAGACUUCCUCGCAUUGUAUGAACUCCGCAAGAAGAGGGUUGACCACGCUCUCGAGGCCCUGAAGCGCCAUCUCGGCAACCCACGCAUCUCCCAUAAAUGCGAAGUGACGCACGAGUACGAGACCAUACGUGCUCGACUACGUGAUACGCCCUCAGCAUCAGUUCUCGCGUCGAUCCCAGACAGCUUCCCUGGUCAGGUUCCUCCCGAUCACGGCUGCGAUCGCAGGGAUUGUCAGGCGAACUGGUCCAGGCUCAAGGCCCUGAAAGCUGAGCUCGCAGAUCCCGACUCGCUUAUCGUCAUUGAUGUUUUUGUAAAUCGAUCGCUCAAACUCAUCUAGCUGUUUUCCAAGCAUGCGGUAAAACCCUGCCUAGCUUGGAUCAACCGCUAGGUGACAUCUCAGAGUCUGUGUUACGCUGGCAAACCUUGGACUUGCUCGCCUCACGCAUCCUCUGAUCGCUCUUGCCUUCAUGCCUCAUACGUCCGUUGCUGUCAGCAGUCUACCAUAGUGCAUCUCCGUUUCCGUCUUUGUAUGCAUUCCCGGCAGAGCUUUCAAACAUCUGAGUUCAUUCGCGACAUAAAAGGCGGGGUUCAGGAAGUUGUGAUAGUGCCAACUGGUCACGUGGUCGGCCAUCCUCGUAAUGUCCCUAUCGAUCACGUACUGUAUGAGCGAACGAAUAUAUUAUCUUUCCCGAGUGCGCCUCGUUGCUUGGAGGAUGGUGACAGCAAGUGACUUCAAUAUUCAUGGCACAUGUUCCGGAAAUGUUACCACAAUGGUGCAGGAAAUCCCCCAUUAUGCUGGUUCUUGCCCGCUUGGUGCAGCGGAGUGACAGCCGCGACUACCUUUCUGUCCAGCGACCGAGUGAUCGAGCGCUGAUGGUGGGCGAUAGCCACGAGGCCAUGUGAUACUUAUUGCAACGUCUCUCUCACACACGCAUUAUCUCGGGAUACGUUCGAUCUGCAUCGUCAGCAUGUCGAGGAGCAGAAGACAUCGUGAUAGCAUCACUGGCAGCAGCAUUCAUAGUCGAACUAUGACCCCUGAGCCUUCACCCAAGAGAGCAAAAUACAUCGAAGAUGAACGUUCGCCAAGUCCCCCACUUAUUCGAGGAGUAUUUCGGACAUACGCCGCUGCUAGCCCUCUGCAAGGCGUUCGCAUUAUCGAGACCCCUUUU